AUGGCGGCACUCAUUGUUUUGUUAUCGUCGUUUGCACCAUUCGUUGCCGGGCAGUUUCAGAUCGCUCCCACCGGUGCUUUUGCUGGCCUAGGCCUCGCUGCCACAUGCGAAUCUGUCCUGUACCAGAGCAUCAACUGUGAUGCGUAUGUCCUGAAUCUCGGCCAAAAGGUUUACCACGGUUCGCCGGGAGACAAGACCUUUACAGACACCAUCUGUUCUACGACAUGCUGGGCCGCUCUCCAAACGGCGCGGAGAAGAAUCGUAGGCGCCUGUGCCCAGACGCCAAACCUGUUUCCUGGAUACCCCGUCCUCGCCAUGAUCGAUCCUGUUGUCUCUGGCUGGAACGAGACUUGCCUCAAGGACUCUGAUGGAGGCUACUGCAAUGCCAAGAUCGAGAUGUUCCCGGAGGUCGAGAAGAUUGAGGACAUGCCGCAAGCACAGCUUUGUUCCUUCUGCCUGGGAGCGAAACUCCGGCUCAUGCAGUCGUCGCCCUACUCAGCAUACGAUGAGCUACAUGCUGAGAGGCUCGAGUACAUCAACAAGCGUUGCGGAGCAGGAACAGGCGGCAGCACGAGCCCUUUACCUCCCGCAAUCCAACCAAACGGAACCACAUCGGACACCUGCGUCUCGGGGAACAAGUACACAGUAAAUAAUGGCGACACAUGCAACAGCGUUGCACAGACAAAUUCCGUGUCCUCAUCCACCCUCUACUAUAUCAAUCCUGAGCUCUUGAACUGCAGUGCUCCUGACGUUGGCCUCGAACUCUGUCUGCCUGACAGGUGCGAGACCACAUACAUGGUUAAAGAGGCAGAUGACUGCGUGACCAUCGCCAUCCGGGCCGAAGGCAGCGCCGCCUCUUCGUGGCAGGAUCUCGUGGCAUGGAACGCGGGACUGGACGACCGGUGUAGCAACAUCUGGUCCCCGUCCAGCAGCCCUCGCUACUGGGGUAACGUGAUCUGCAUCAGCGCCCCGGGCGGACUCCCCUCCAGUCCGGGAACGGAGCCCGGCAACGGCAAUGGUGGUGGUACCGGUAACGGCAACAUUGGCGGUCCGGGUGGCUCGGGCGACGGGUAUGCUGACUUGCCCGUUCCUGUGCCCACGGGAGGAACCAUUGCACAGGGAACAACGACGCUGUGUGGAGCUUGGGUGCAGGCACAGAGUGAUUCCACUUGCUCUUCGCUGAUUGUCGGGACUGCCGUGCCUAUUAGCCUUUGGUUGCUGGCUAAUCCAUCGCUGCGAGAACCUGUGAACUGCUCCAAGCGGUUGCGCGUUGGGUCAUGGUAUUGUCUACACCCCGUUAGGGGAUUUGACAAAGUGCCGUCUUCUACUUCCACAACAGUAGUGGGCGCGUCUUCGACCACGACAGCUAGCGCUAGACCUUGAAACACUGUAACCCGUACUUGUCCGUCACAACUGUAUGGUCACUAGGACCCCAGAUCAUUGUUACUAGAUAGAAUGCAAAGUAGUCUGAGCUGUAGGAUCUUGAUUUACAGUGCCCGGCGGCUUGAGCCUGUCCCUAGAGCCGCACAUUGCACGUACUGGUGAAAUAGUCCUCAUGAGCUCCCAUGUCGCAAGCAGCGUAACCGUAUCGCCCAGAAUAGCCACGAUGCGAAUGCAAGUGUGACGGCGAAGAGGCUGUAUGAGGUGCUGUUCAUACACAUGCCCAGAAACUCGACAUCCAUGAUCCAAGACAGAGUUGCAGUAGCAACAUUGAUGUCCCGCGUCCGUCAAAGAAUUAUUUCGUAAGAGGAACAAGUUGUCUGCCUGAUCAUGACUCAUUUCGUUCAUUUACCCGAAAAAUGCUACAUCACACCAACAAUGUGUGAUAGCUCCACCUCUACCCUGUGUUGCAAUGAAGGCUUUUAUCCCGCAAGGCAUUUGCGAGUCCUACUAGCCUGGUUCCUUACAGACUGCAAGCCCUUGGCCUGCGUGAGAAGCCUCGAUCCAUGGUAGCGACGGCCGUAAGGUCCGCAAUGUUACCUUGGUGGAGUAGUAGGAUUGCUGCAGCUCUUUGACGUUGCCCCUUA